GCGCACUCAGUGAAGCCUGAGAUGGCUAUGCUACUGUGACACUCUAUCCUUCGAAAGAGACGAAGUAUCCGCGUCUGCAAAGCCCAAACGAGGAAAUACAAGCAGCAUGAAUCAAAUAUAGCAUCUUCUGGAGCUUCCGGAAUACAUUUCAUUUUUAUUUUUUUUUCGUUGUUAGAGCGUUUUGUUUUUUAAACGUUUCAACUACAGGCGCGGCUUUUGAGAAGAUAGAACAUGGAAGUGUCAUUCUGCAAAAGCUCACUGGCGCUCUGUCAGCUCUUCUUCGUUUGUCAAAUUGCUAACUUGGCGCAUGGAUACUACAGAACACAACGCAGGUUUAGUGAGAACAUUGAUUGGUCCUAUGCAGGUACAUUAAACCAAAAUAAUUGGGGUAAGAAGUAUCCUUCUUGCAAUGGUGCCAAACAGUCUCCAAUUGACAUUAAUGAGGAUUUCACUCAAGUGAAUGUGAACUUUCAGAAAUUUCAAUUCGUAGGCUGGGAGAAGGAAACAUCCCCAACAACUUUGAUGCAUAAUGAUGGCAAAACAGUGGAAGUUAUAGUGAAUGAUAACUACUAUAUUAUUGGUGGGCCCUUGAAAUCUCAGUUUAAAGUUGGUAAGAUUCACUUCCACUGGGGAGACUGCAGCAGAACUUCAGUUGGGUCUGAGCACAGCUUAAAAGGACAGAAAUUUCCCUUAGAGAUGCAAAUCUUCUGCUUUGAGGCAGAUAAGUUUGAAAAUAUUACUGCUGCAAUAAAGGGUAAUGGAAGAAUAACAGCAUUAUCUGUUUUAUUUGAGAUUAAUCCAGAAGAAAAUGAGAACUAUGACACAAUUAUUAGUGGUGUGAACAGCGUUAGUCGCUUUGAGAAAACUGCUAUUGCUGAACCAUUUGUUUUGAGAAGCCUUCUUCCAGAAUCCACAGAAAAAUACUAUGUUUACAAUGGCUCUCUAACAAGUCCUCCAUGUACAGAAACAGUUCAGUGGAUUGUGUUCAAGGAGACGGUACCUAUUGCAGAGCAGCAGCUCGAGUUUUUCUGUGAAGUUCUUACAAUGCAACAAGCAGGAUAUGUCAUGCUAAUGGAUUAUCUGCAAAACAACUACAGGGAACAGCAAUAUCAAUACACUGGACAAAUAUUCUCCUCAUACACGGGAAAGGAAGAAAUACAUACACAUGUUUGCAGCUCUGAACCAGAAAAUGUCCAGGCUGAUCCAAAGAAUUACACUAGUAUUCUUGUAACUUGGGAGAGGCCACGGGUUGUUUAUGACUCAGUAAUAGAGAAGUAUGCAGUUUUAUAUGAGAAACUACAAGGAAAUUCUGUUAAACAAGUAUAUUUCACAGAUGGAGAUCAAGAUAUGGGUGCAAUUAUUAAUAAUCUGAGUGCCAAUGCAAGUUAUGUAAUCCAAGUGGUUGCUGUGUGUAUGAACGGACAAUAUGGGAGACACGGUGACACGCUGAUAGUUGACAUGCCUUUGGAUGAUCCUGUGACAGAUCCCUUUCCUGAAUCAAAUGUUACAGAGGAUCCAACUAGUGAAGAAGAGGUAGAAAUAGAAACUGAUUCAAGAGAAUCUGUUACAAAUGCUGAUAACUUCAAGGAUGUAACCAGGAAGAAGACUGAAACUUCAAAACCAGUGACAGCAAAAUCUGAUGGGCCGACGGAACCAAGCAAUACAGAUGCCAUGACCAAAGAGUACUCAGUUAAUGGCUAUGAAGUAUCAAGUACAAAAAAGUCCUUGGAAAUUGAGCAAACCUCCUUGCUGAUUAGUGAGACCUCUGUGACCGAUAAACUCCCUGCCCUUGAUUCUGAAACCAAAACUGUAACACCUCCUGGUGAAAAGGUGUACACAUCAUUUGAACCAUGGACAAGUGGCAAAGUUGUUUUUACCUUGACUUCAGUUCAAUCAGAGAAAGAAAUUGUUACAAAUGAUGGCAGGGAAUUUCAGGCAGAAACUACUUUACGUUCAACCUAUUUUCCAUCAACAGCUCAAGACUUCUCUUCUACUGUAGACACUGGUUUCAAGACAUUUAUCACUGAAGAAUCAAAGGAAACAAGAAUGGAAACGGGUAUCAGUGUGUUUCACUCAGAGAUGAAUACUACUGCUUCCACUGACCUUUUCAUUCGGGAUAUUGUGAGUGAAACUAGCUUUUUUCCAGAAACAUCUAUUUUGACUGCUACUAUUGGCACUUUUGAACAGACUUCUAUGGUGACAUCCCAAGAGGAGACUGACAGGAGUGAUAUUUGGGAUGAAAAAAUAUCUAAUGUCACCCGAUCAUACACCGCUGGUGAAAAGGUGUUACAAGAUUCCUUUCUUUUACUCAGUACAACACCUGGUCCUUCUCCAAUUGAGGUACUUGCGCAGUCUACUAGUUUGGGACCAAGUAUUCAACAUCCUUCAACUUCUGCUGAAAGUGAUGUUCUCUCUCAGACUACCCAGCCAGUCUUUAAUGGUGAGAAACCACUUCCAACUACCUCUGGUCCCUUUCUUAGUGAAGUGUUCCUCCGCUCUGACCCUGCCUUACUUGAUACAAAAGUGUUGCCACAGGCUUCCCCAGUUGCCUCAGAUAUUAAGAGUUCCUUGCAUGUUACUCCUGCAAUGCCCAGUCUUGAUGUGUUGCUUCAGCCCACCUUUCCUUCCUCUAGAGAUGUAUUGCUUGAAAGCUGUACCGCCGCCGCCUCUACUCCUGCUUCUUCUCCUGUUGAUUUGCUUCAUAGUAAGCUUGACUUUUCCCAGAGUGAUGUGUUUCCACAAGUUACAGCUGACUCUGGUAGGGUAUCCCUGCAUGAUUCAGUGAAGCUGUCUGAUGGUGAUGUGUACCUCCAACCUACCCUCACUUUUUCCUUCAGUGUUUCAUCUCCUUGGGCUACCCUUGCUUUGUCUGAGACCUCUAUGUUUCACAGUAAAACUGAGACUCUGUUUGAAAGUAAACUUGUAUCCAGUGGUAGUAUGUCUCUUGCAACCUCUGUGGCCAGGGUGGAUAAGCUAUCUAUACCUACCAUUACUUUGUCUAGUGAUACUGUACCCCUUCAAACUUUACCUGAUUCAUUGGGCACUGUACUGUUAGCUUCUGCAACUGAUGGGGAAGUCCUUCAAGCUAAAACACCUUCUUCUCAACAAGAAUCAACUUUUUCCACUCUUCUUCAGCCUGCUAUGUCUUCAUCAAGUGAAAUGCUUCUAACUGUGACUACACCUGCUUUUCCUGAUAGUGAACUUCUUACUUUUAAUGCUGAGGGCUCUGGUGAAUAUCAGCCAGUGGAGCAGACCGGCCAUGCUUCAAAGCUUGCAACAAGUGAUGCAUUAUCAGUACUUGUAAGGGCUAGCAAAUCGAUAGUACAGUCACAGGUUCCAUCUUUGGUUUCCAAGUUAAAAAUGCCCAUAUUAGAUUCUUUUAAAAUCUCUGAAGUAAUUAGUCAGGUUCCAGUUAGCAGUGAGGCAACAAUGUUUGCUACACCUUUGUAUUUUCAAGACAUGUUGCACCCUUUAACAAGUGAUAGCAGCAAAGCAAGGGAAUCUGCAGAUGGCUCUGGUAGCUUUGUUGAUAAUUUACUGAAUGGUGUUACUGAAAGCAAAGUCUUCCUGGAGCCUGCACAUUCAGUUCACUCUAGUGGUGCUCAGCCUGAUACAUCUGCUUUAUUAAAUGCUGAGGGCUUUUUGCUAGCUUCUUUCUCCACAUUUGAUACUACAGCCCCCCUGGACCAUACUUCAACGGAGUCUGGUAAAUCAGUUACUCCUGAUUCUAGCUUUAAAGUUAGUGAAAUAUGGCACCAUGGUGUCUCCGUGAAUGUCUCCCAGGAAGCACAUUAUACAGCUGCUGCAGAUGUCCAACUGUAUUCUACCUCCAGGCUAUCUCUGCCAGCAGAUGGCUGUGGAUCUAACUGCAAUGUGGUGGCAGACAAUUCUUUAUCAAGCACAAUUUCUCAGAUUUCUGCUGAUGAUUACCCUACAACAUCUGCUUUCUUUGACAGUAUUGUUAAUCUUCAGGCAGCCACUUCUUUAAAGAUACUGGGGCAACAUAGUACCCCUGCAUCUGUUCCUCAUGAUUUGUUAACAGAUGCUACCCCAGAGUUAUCUGUUAGUGAUCUGGUACUAUCACCAACUAUUAGGGAGACCCAAAAAUUCCUGUACUCCUCUACUGUUCCUAGCAAUCAGGAACUGUCCAACCAUAUUUCCCCUCCAUUUGUUCUUCUUUCUAAGACUCAACUUUCUGUUGAUAAAACAAAUGAUAUGUACAUUUCUGUUACAGCUUCAGCACCCAGCACUAAGAAUCCAGUAGCUCGUGUUAAUUUGGCUCAUCCCUCAGAUUCCCACUAUGUCUUGUCCCCAACUACUAAUCCCGAGGCUGAACGGAUACCCCAACAUUCUGAAGAUGUGUUUAUAGAGAGUAUUGCUGCUACAGCAAUCUACAUAGAAUCUCAGGAAGAGUUAGAAUUUGAUUUGGAUAUAACGCCAGGCCAAAGCACAGAAAGUGAGAACUCUGACCAGACCGCCCACUCAUAUUCUGUGACAGAAUCAACUGAAGUUCAUAUGUCGUCUGAUCCAGCAGGGAGCCAAACAUCUGACAGCAAACUCACCACGCCACCAGACAUGUUACACAGGACACAUUAUUCUACAUUCCUACUUGGGAAUGAUAAUCAAACAGGUGGCUUUACGGAUCGAGCAACGGCUACCGAUACUACUAACUGGAAAUUUGGAAACUCUGAUGAUGAAAGCGGGUCUGGUCAAGGAGCAUCAGAAAGUCUAAGUGAUAAUGAAACAUCAUCUGACUUCAGUAUUCCUGACUACACUGACAGAGACUCUGAAGGUACCACUGAUCCAGAAGCCAGCAACAGCAGCCAUGAAUCCCGUAUUGGAUUAGCAGAAAAUACAGAAAGAGAAAAAAGGGCUGUUGUCCCAUUAGUAGUGGUGUCAACUCUAACUUUCCUCUGCCUGAUGGUCCUUGUUGGAAUUCUCAUAUAUUGGAGAAAAUGUUUCCAGACUGCUCACUUUUAUUUGGAAGAUAGUGCAUCCCCUCGUGUGAUUACAACUUCAUCCACACCAGUAUUCCCUCAACCAGAUGAAGUUGAAGCAAUUCCAGUAAAAGAGUUUGUGAAGCACGUAUCAGACCUUCAUGAAAGCAAUCGAUUCUCUGAAGAGUUUGAGAUAUUGAAAGAGUUUUAUGAGGAAAUUCAAAUGUGCACUGCCAGUUUAGGCAUCACAUCUGACAGUUCUAACCAUCCUGAUAACAAAAAUAAAAAUCGGUACAUUAACAUUUUAGCAUAUGAUCACAGUAGAGUUAAACUUUCACCUCUUCUAGACAAGGAUGGAAAAAGUAGUGACUAUAUUAAUGCCAAUUACAUCGAUGGCUUUGACAAACCAAAAGCAUAUAUUGCAGCACAAGGGCCUCUCAAAUCUACUGCCGAAGAUUUCUGGAGAAUGAUUUGGGAACACAAUGUAGGAGUUAUUGUUAUGAUUACAAACCUGGUUGAAAAGGGAAGGAGGAAAUGUGAUCAGUACUGGCCUUUGGAAAAUAAUGAAGAAUUUGGGAGCUUCCUUGUGUCUGUGAAGAGCACUAAAGUGUUGGCAUAUUAUACUCAGAGACAAUUUAUUGUGCGCAAUACAAAAAUUAAGAAGGGAUCUCAAAAAGGCAGACAAAAUGAGCGGACAGUUGUUCAGUUUCACUACACGCAGUGGCCUGACAUGGGUGUCCCAGAAUACACGCUGCCUGUUUUGACCUUUGUGAGGAAGUCUUCUGCUGCCAGAUCAGAUGACAUGGGGCCUGUUGUAGUUCACUGCAGUGCUGGUGUUGGCAGGACUGGCACGUAUAUUGUACUGGACAGCAUGAUGAAACAAAUAAAAAGCCAAGGCACUGUAAAUGUUCUUGGAUUCCUGAAGCACAUUCGAAUGCAAAGAAAUUACUUAGUCCAAACAGAGGAGCAAUAUGUCUUUAUUCAUGAUGCACUAGUUGAGGCUACCCUCAGCAAGGAAACAGAGGUUGCUGCAGGUCACAUACAUGCCUAUGUAAAUGGCCUGUUGACUCCUGGACCAUCAGGAAAAACACGACUAGAAAAACAGUUCAAGUUGAUUGUCCAGUCCAAUGCUAAACAGUGUGACUACUCUGUUGCACUCAAACAAUGCAACAGAGACAAAAAUCGAAGUUCAUCUCUAAUCCCUGUUGAGAGGUCUAGAGUUGGAUUAUCAUCUGCAUCUGGUGAAGGCACAGAAUACAUUAAUGCAUCAUAUAUAAUGGGUUAUCAUCAGAGCAAUGAGUUCAUUAUAACCCAGCAUCCAAUUCGGAAUACCAUCAAGGACUUCUGGAGGAUGAUAUGGGAUCACAAUGCUCAGAUAAUUGUCAUGCUUCCAGAAAGCCAAACUUUGGGGGAAGACGAGUGUGUGUACUGGCCAAGCAGAGAAGAGCCGAUGAACUGUGAGUCAUUUACAGUUACUCUAAUAGGUGAAGAUCAUAUUUGUCUUUCAAAUGAAGAAAAACUUGUUGUUCAGGAUUUCAUCUUGGAGGCAACACAGGAUGAUUAUGUACUAGAAGUGAGGCAGUUCCAGUCUCCUAAAUGGCCCAAUCCUGACAGUCCAAUAAGCAAGACCUUUGAGCUCAUUAACAUCAUCAAAGAAGAAGCUGCUUUACGAGAUGGGCCAAUGAUUGUGCAUGACAAGCAUGGAGGUGUAAUAGCAGGAACAUUUUGUGCUUUGACCACACUUGUACACCAUCUUGAGAGUGAAAACACGACAGAUGUCUACCAGGUGGCAAAAAUGAUCAACUUAAUGAGGCCGGGUGUCUUCACCGAUAUUGAGCAGUACCAAUUCUUAUACAAAGCAAUGCUUAGUCUUGUGAGCACAAGAGAAGACGAAAAAGCUGUAUUGUUGGCAGAUAACAAUGGCACUGUUCUGGGUGAUGGAAGCAAUGCUGCGGAGAGUCUCGAAUCACUAGUGUAACUUCCAAAAUGCGAAUUGCACAAAACCGUAUUUGUUGAAAUUAGUUCAUUUUCUUCACAAUGUCUGAACAGAUUUAUUUUGCAAAUCCCUUUAGUUUUCACCUCUUAAGACACUGUUGUUGAACAUGAAGAGAUCAUGUAAUUUGUGCCUUUAGACUGCACCUCUAAUGUUACUUGAUUUUUAUACUAAGACUAAUCCACUUGCUCUACACAUUCAGUACGUGAAACUAAUAUCUGCAGUCAAGCUUAAUAAUAGACUGUAUUCCAUCUCUCUUGUUUUCCUAACUGCACAUUUUAUCCACUUUUCAUGUUAAUGGACAACUCAAAAAGAAAUUUUAAUGACAAAUUUAACCGAUCUAUUUUUUGUAGAGGCCAUUGGAUUUCACAGAUUUCUCAACCAUAUAGAUAAUGUAAAUAAAAUACCAUUCCUAAUAAUGUUAAAUGUUCAAAAUAAAGUAGAUAUGUUGAAUAAUAUCCUAAUAUGUAAUGUAAAUAGUAUUAUAGUGACCAAGUCUAUGGACCAAAUUUCUAUUUAUACUUCUAGAUUUUUAUAUUUUAAUACAAAGUCCGUUUUCUAGUCAUUUUGAAAUGUAUGACUACAUUGUUCUAAUAAUUUAGUUAACAGAUUGUUAAUGUUUUGAUAUUUCUGUUAUUCCAGUGUUCUGUAUUUUUACUAUAUUAACUUAAAUUUACAGCAUGAAGUAUUAAUGAUUUUUUUUUUUUUUAAUUUGUAUUGUAUGUCCGUUGUAGAACUAGCCUUAUGCAACAUGCACACCAUCUGUGUAAUUUCUGAUUUUUUUUUAUUCUCUGUCUUGAAAUUUGUUGUUUUGCAUCAUAGUAAUUUACACAAUAAAUACAGACAUUUCAGGUUAUUGAAUUUAGCUGAAAAACAAA